CGAAGCACUGGCAAGGCUGCGAACACGAAGAGAGAAGUCCGAGUGCGCGAGGGUGAAAGAGAAAUUUAAAGGGCCCGUGUUUCGCGUGCCGAGUGUCUGGGCCGAGAGUGGGCCGGAGGAUGCGUCUGUGAGGCAUGCAGUCGCUGAUUUGGACCGGGCGGCACGUGUCGCGCGCGCUCUUCGGCGGCAUCUGCUCGUGUUCUUCGCAUUCGCAGCAUCAGCAGUACCCUUUGUCUUCGUCGUCGCCCUCGGCGGCGGCCACCGAGCGGCCCGGCCCGGAGGCCAGGCUCGUCUCGGCCAUCUGCGGCUUCCCCAAGUCCGUGAAGAAGCGGCCGGCGGCCAGAAACCAGAUCGGCGACGACGCCUGGUUCGUCGGCAGGCACAAGGCCCUCGAAGUGCUCGGAGUUGCUGAUGGCGUGGGCGGCUGGCGGCACUAUGGCAUCGACCCUGGCGUCUUCUCCGCCUUCCUCAUGCAGACCUGCGAGCGUCUAGUCACGAGCGGCGCCUGCGGCACCUCCGAUCCUGCUAUGCUGCUCGCCAGGUCGUUCAGGGAGCUGCUCGAGAACAAACAGCCCAUCCUCGGGAGCAGCACGGCGUGCCUGGUGAUGCUGAACCGCGAGACGAGCACGGUACACACGGCCAACAUCGGCGACAGUGGCUUCCUGGUUGUGCGCGGCGGGCAGGUGGUGCAUCGCUCUGAGGAGCAAACUCACUACUUCAACACGCCUUUCCAGCUUGCCCUGCCACCACCUGAGCACUCGGGCCGCGUCCUCAGCGACAGACCCGAGUCUGCGGACGUGAGCGACUUCGUGGUGGAGGACGGCGACGUGAUUCUCCUUGCGACGGACGGUGUGUUCGACAAUGUGCCCGACUCGCUCCUUCUGGCCGAGCUGAUCGGCCUGGAGGGCGUUCGGGACGAGUCCAAGAUCCAGGGGGUGGCCAACUCGAUCGCCUGGAUGGCCCGCAGCCUCGCCAACGACCCCAAUUUCCUCUCCCCUUUCGCCAAGAGCGCUCGACACAACGGAAUCGAUGCCAUGGGUGGAAAGCCGGACGACAUCACAGUGCUUUUGGCGACGGUCGCCUUUUCCUGAUCACAAUGACUGACUUUUGCGAUUAAGUGACGCUGGCUCAACCUGUGUGAGACGACGUGCGCGGUCAUAUUGACUCGAUGCGUGCAUUUUAGUAGCGACGAGUAACAAGAAGUGUAAGAAAUGAAUCUGUGAAUGCACAGGUGCUAGAACGAGUGCUUUGUUAGUAAGCCGCCCCUUGCGGCCGCACCGAUGACCUUUUGUUCAAACGAAAGUGCAAAAUAAAUAAAUAAAUACGUGUCUGAUAUUAAGCGAU